AAGUAGAAGAAAUAAAAACGGAUAUGUAGACGAAUCGAUAGAUAAAUAAAAAGGGGUGUAGUUAUAAGCAGAAACGUUGAUAAAUUUAUAUGUCUUAUCGGUAGAUUAAUAAAAUCAGUACAAAAGAUAGUUGUAUGAAAGAGAAAGAGAGAAAGAGAGGUGGGGAGCGUAAAGCGCCAUCGCGUGGCUGGGAACAGAAUUACAGGGUGACACAUGGCUGCCGGGGUGGCAGCUACGUAGGGGGUGUUUAACGUAAACAAGAAAGGAAGAUAGUGCCCCGCCAUGACAUUAGUGCAAAAUUCAAGAGGUCGAAACUGAAAUUAACCAUGCCCAUUUAUAUGUGAUAUUAUAUUAUCGGAAUUGGGUGUAAAUGUUUGUAUCGUGAUGAACACUACUCUAAAAAGUUUAAAAGACUGUGGGUUUUUAUCUUCACAUACAGUUGCAUUAUGUCAUCGUCUAAUCUCAAAAUAUGAGAUUUUGAAAGAACGGUGAAUGAUUUACGAAGCCUAGUCAAAAGGAUCGUAACGCAAAACUAAUCGAAAAAAAUGCCUCUUCCAAAAAGAUUAGUGGAACCCGUUCACGUCGCACGUGGUACGAUACCGGAAGAUUUCCCAUUACCGUCGGAAUUAGAAGCCGUUACUAAUGGUACUUUGGCUAAUACCAUUAGACAACUGUCCAGCCUCUCACGGCAUGCCGAAGAUCUCUUUGCAGAGCUGACCAGGGAAGCUCAUGCGUUAAGCGACAGGGCGAAUUCUUUACAAGCUAGGAUAGAUCGACUGGCCGUCAAGGUCACUCAACUUGAUAGCAAUGUCGAGGAAGUUUCAUUACAAGAUAUACACAUGAGGAAAGCAUUCAAGAGUUCGGUCGUUUUUGAUCAACAAGUAGUUUCAAGAGAUACGAUGCCAACGGCAAUGUUAGAAACUUAUCGUCAAUGCGACACACCACCACCUUUAGAUAAACUCAACAUUUAUAGGGAGGAUGGAAAAGAUGGACUGAAGUUUUACACGGAUCCGAAUUAUUUCUUUGAUCUAUGGAGUCAGGAGAUGUUGAAAGAUACGGAAAAGAAAUUGCAUGAUCGAGGGAAAAAGACUGAAACAGAAUAUGCCGAACCAUACAGAAAGCCUCAUAGGCCACGGAAUGAAGGUAGCGGUGGUGGAGGUAGACACAAGAAGCGUGUAAGACAGCCUCAUAAUACAAGGGAAAGGCAGAGACAAUUAGCGGUCGGCCAUGGAGAAUAUAUAAUGCCAACACAAGGGGUUCAAUAUAGAGCACCUCAUAACAUGACCGAUGAGACGAUGAUGGGGAUGGUCGUAACCGAAUCAAGACCACCAAGACCGAACAGUAUUGAACUUAGACGAAGUUAUCCACCAGAGGAGCAACACUUGUAUAGCCCUUCUUCCUCUGAUCAUUACAGGGCAACGAAUUCUGUUUCCCAUGGUUACGAAGAAAACGUGUACGGUUCUCAUUAUGCUUCUGGUCAAGGCCAACAAGGUAGCGAAACUUAUCAGAGUCCAGGCGGACAAAGUACACCCAGCAGAAGUGGUAGAUCGCGACCUUCUCAACCACCUCCGGCACCACCAAGCAAUACUUCAAGUAAUUCGACUCCCACGGUAGCCUCUGCCAACAAUACUCCUACCAGAGGAAGAUCUAUGAGUACUGGUAGAGAUACGCUUCCACCACCUCCUCCUCCACCAGGAGAAACCAUGUCUCCGCCUUCCAUGAACGGUUCGAUACCGUCUCACUUGUUAAACAGGAAUGGAAGUCGUCCAAACAGUCCUUUACCGAGUCAUCAUUCGACUCCUACUCCACCAAAUCACUCGGCACAAAUUGGUACAGACGAAACAGAUCCCGUCUCUCAAGAUUUACCGCCACCACCUCCAACACCCGAUCCUACACCACCAAGGCCUAUUUCUCCACCGUGUAAUAUUCCUCCUCCUCCUCCACCACCACCACCACCGCCAGCUAUUAAUGGUUCAUCUCCACCGGUACCAUUGACGAACGGAGAUAUUGCCAAAAUGAUAGCCAUGUGUCCGCCGAAAUUAAAACCAUUGAAAAGUAUCGAUGGACAGCUACGAAAGUCUGUCAAUCCGAACAUCCCAUUGGUAGAUCCAAGGAAUGAUUUACUUAAAGCGAUAAGAGACGGGAUAAAAUUGAGAAAAGUAGAAAAAAUCGAGCAGAAGGAAGUAGAACGUGUUAACGCAUUGAACGACGUUGCAUCCAUAUUGGCUCGCCGUGUUGCUGUCGAAUUUAGCGAUAGUGAUUCAGCUUCUGAAAGCGAAUGCGACAGCGAAGGAUGGGGCGAACAAGAAACGAAUCUCGCGUGACCCACCUCUUUUCCAUCUGCCGCCACUGCCUCCUAGAAAAAUGACCGAGGAGCUACCCUUUUAAUUUCUUCUUGAAAUUUCUUUGGGCCAUCUACAUCAGAAUUGUCGAAUCGAUCUUGCACAGUCUAGCCAAACUACAAGAUCAUAAAGUAAGCAUAAUGUUAAUGGUUUGUUUUUUUCUUUUUCUUUUUUUUUCUUUCUUUCUUUCUCUCUCUCUUUUUUUCUUUUUUUUUCUUUUCUUUUCUUUUUUAUACUUUUUUAAUAGACACCUGCACGAGCGAAGUUAGAAAUCAUUUGACGAUAUACUAUGAGAACGUGGGGAAUUAAAUAAAUAUAAUGUCGUUAACAUAAAAUUUACUCCGUUUCGGUGUGACGAACUUAUCGAUUUAUCGCACGACUAAAAUUAUUCAUGUAGAAAUAAAAGCCAAAGAACCUUGCAUAUUCAUAGAUUUCUUUUUUAUUUUUUUUUUAUUUUUUCGUUGUAUUUUGUAUUUUUCAAUCUUGCCACUCGAGUAUAAUAUAUGAAUUAAAAAAAGAUACAGUACAAUGAGAAUAAUGCUUUAGUUUUUUUUUUAUUUCUUUUUUUUUAUAAAACAUUAAUUGAAACUAAAUAUAUAAUUGAUAACAGCAAGAAGGCUAGAUAAGAGACAAAGUUUACAUGUAUUUAAAAAUAUUAAAUUAUCACACACGUAUGCAAGUGCGCGCGCACACACAGCACACACACACACACACACACACCGUGUUUUCUUAGGAUAUAUAAAAAUUCUAAAAUAAUAUAAAUAUUAAUUAAAUUAUACGAAAGAAUUCAAUACAAUAACUUGUACGUUAAUAACGUUGAUUGUAUAUUGUUUAAAAUUACAAAUUAUGUGUGAAUUAAAUUGAUUCUCAAACAUUAUAAAAGAUAUUAUUAAAUAAUAAUACGUUUAAAGUUCGUUAUUUUGCACAUACAAUCGUCAUUUAUAAUUAUGAUAUGUCGAUUGUGCCAAAUAAUGAAGUAUAUUUGUGUAUCCUAGAAAUAUAACGAUAUCCUCAAACAAUAUGUUUCAUUCUAUGCAAGGUUCAAACGUCACACGUACGAAUAAUUUUGGAUCGAAUGAUUUCAGAUUCUGUUAUUAUAUUAAUAAGAAUGAGAAAGAGUACGUUUUUUGGAUCUACAAAAAAUAAUAAAAAAAAAAGAAAAUUGUCAUGUAAUAAUAAAAAGAAAUUGAAGAAGAUAAAUGAUAAAAUAGAAGAUAAUAAUAAAAAGGAAAAGAAGUUAGAAGAAUAUACGCACAUGGAAAAUAUAAGCAUCACUUUUAUAAAGUACUUCUCGAUAUUUGUCAGGGACUUUUAUAAUGUCCUUCUUGGCACAUUCCACAGUACCAAUAAAGUCUAGUUAACAAAUACUUCUUUUCAAUUGGACUGUUUAACGAUGGUAUUAACGAUACAAUUUUCACGUAAUAUAGAUGAAAUAAUAAACUUUGCAUUAUAUAUGAUACUAUAUGCUAUUAAGUAGGACGUACAUGCAUAUAUAUAUAUGUGAAAAAGAGAAAAAAAAGCCAAAAUACAGAGUUUAUAUUUUUUUCCUUCGUGUCAUAUAUAAGUCUUGUAAAAUACUAUACUUCGAACUAGUUAUUAUAAUUAGGUAGUAUCUAUAUGAGAUGUCUAACAAUGAUUUGUUACCGCUUCGCCAGAGGAUAAUCGACUCAGAUAAAAACAGGAUUAUAUGGCGAAUGGACAAUAUAUUAUUUCUUUACGCUCUAUACGUAUAAAAUUAAAAAAAAUAAAAUAAAAAAAUAAAAAAAAACGUAUCGUGUGUGCGUCCUACCGCAACGAUAAUGGUACAUCGAGUUUUAACGUUCGGUCGACGGUCUUGCAAAUAAUAAUAAUCUUCCACGUCUGUUGUAAGGGAAAUAGCGUUAGAGACUGUCAUCGGAUUUUUCGCUUGUAUCAAGAGAUAUAUCGAGAAUAUGUAAUGAAAAAAAUGCUCCAUUAUAUGUAAGAUUUAACGAAGUUGUUAUUUAAUAAAAAUGAAAAAGAAACAUUUCCUAGUAUAUAAUGAAAUUAAAUGUAUAAUUAUAUGUAACGACACGAUGAUAUAUAUAUAUAUAUAUAAAUGUAUUAGUUAUAUAUAUAUACAUAUAUACACGCACACAUUAUAUAUGUACAUAUAUAUAUAACUAAUAUUACGCCGAAUAUGUUAUAUUAUACACUAACAUUAAGGUUGUUUGAAAGAAGCUAUCUGUAAUUUAUUUUGCAUCGGUGUUAUAACUAAAGUUAGAAAUAAAUAGUGGUUGCAUCAUCACAUAAUCUUACGUGUUCCAGUAGAGAUCUAUCACAAAAUAGAUAGAUAUUUGAUAGAAAUAUUAAUGGAAAGAUAUCAUCCCUCAUCCAGUGGUUUACCCGGCUCUUUAAAUAAGAAUUAUUUAAAAAAUCCGGCCGAUCUUCGCGUAUUGUUAUCGAAACGUGUAAUAACGAAUGAUGCACCUUCUAGACACAUUUUUACAUAUAUCGUAUUAUCGUUUUCAUUACCUAUUUUUAACAUGAAUGAUUCAUUUUCAAUGAUUCAAAAAUAGCUUGGUGUAUUUGGAUGAUAAUUAUAUCCAAUGUAAUAAGAUAAUUACGAUAAAAAAAAAAAGAAAAUAUAUGAUUAUUACUUUAGAUAACAGGAGAGACACGUAUGAAAAGAAGUGUACAAAUGCAACACGUAAAUCACACACACACACACACACACAUGUUGUAUUAUGUUGAUAUAUUGCUCAGCAAAAUGAUUUUGUCUUUCUCAGAAGAAAACAAAUAAGAAGAUAGAAUCCUCUUUCUUUGCUUUAAGUAUAUUACGCUUCUAUGAAGCUACACGCGUUAAAUUAUUGUAAAAUUACGAUAUACCAAUGUAAGUUUGCGAUUUCCCAAAAGUGAUAAGUCAUUGUUCUCUCAUUUAGUAAUACGAAUAAUGAAAAAGAUCAGAUUGCUCAAUGGUCCUAUGGAUUAUAGUGACUUUGAUCUUCCUUUUGUUUGCAUUAGGAAACCAAAAUAAAAUAUGAUAUCUCUGUGUAAACACACGUUUCUAAUUGAUAAACUUUGUAAAUCCAGCAUCUGAUGAGAUUGCUCUAACUACGAACAGAAUCUAUUCGCAACAUUAUUUUCAUACUUUUCAUUUUUCAUAUUGAUAAUGGCUUCGAGACAUAAAUUAUACGAUUAUUCUAACAAAAGUUUAAGUGCCAAUAAUAAUGAUGGCAUCGUGAUAAUCUAUUAUUAUGUUUAAUAAGCCGAUUCUUACGCCUGCGAAGUCAUUGCAAUAAUAAGAACUUCUCUUUUUACACGUAAAGAAUAUGGAUCUUACGAAAAUAGAAACGUACUAUUUGAACAAUAAUCGCUAUUAUGAUAUAUAAUUAUAUUAUUAAUAAUUAAAGAUUUGUAGUAAAACUGUACAGAACCAAAUAAAUUCAAAAGUCAUCAGCCGUA